AUGUUCGACUCCUACUCUCUUUAUCCCACCGGAAAACUAUCUCCGGUGGUUGAUUCGUACGUCACCGCCGAGCUCGACGGCGAAGAUAUGAGAGACGACUACGCGUUUUUAGAGUCCGGUUUAAAAGACAACAAAUCUCAGUUUAUCUCUUACGCAAAACGCAUCUUAGUCGGAGAAGACGCUGAAUCAGAGAGAAUCGAAGAUUUAAAGCUUCUUACCGCUUGUUGCAGUUACGAUUCCAUCAACUGUGCUUCGUCAAUCAUCAACGGCGACGUUGGAUCGGUUCCAUAUAUCAACGAUAUUUGUUCCGAUACAGGACUCUCGCUGUUGCACACAGCGGCUGAGUCUCACGCGCCACUGUGUGUUGAGAUGCUUCUGAAACGACGCGCUCGUACUGAUAUGAGAAGCAAAGACGAACGCGCUUUGAUUCCUCUGGAGCUUUCUCUCUCCAAUGUCAGCGUAGAUGUGAAAUGGAAACCAACUAGUGAAUCGAUUGAAGACUGA